UUUCAGCUGAAAAUGCGAGUUCCCAUUAUCUACCGUAAGCCUGGGGCCUGCUUUCCAAUUGUGAAUAAUAACAUCCGCGUCUAUGCUUAUGAAAUUGACCAUCUAGGGAAAGUCAUUCGUGCUUCAAUCAUGACAAUCCAUUACAAGGCGCCGCUCUGUGAACUUCGCGACAAGUACGCAGCCAAGUACAACAUCUUUCCACAUGAGAUUGAUAUGUUCUAUGACGACAAAGAAGUAUUUGAUGACGACACUUGCAGCGAGAUUGGCAUCGAACAUGAACAAAUUAUUCGGAUGCACGUUACCAUCGACACGCUUUUCACAAAGAACCGAGAUGGUGAAUCUUUCUGAGCAGUUAUUAUGAAGUUGCGAUUCAUCAAAAUUUGAGUAAUUUAUAUGCAAUUAUCUGUAUUUCAAUGAAAAUUUUAAAUUUUA